AUGAUACUACCUCGGUUGAUGAGCUGGCGGAACUUACUUGGCGGUUACGGGAGGCAUAUCGGGAUGAAGAGGUGUAUUGGUAUCAAAAAAGCAGAAGUCGAUGGAUGCGUUUUGGUGACCAAAAUACCAGUUAUUUUCAUGCUCAAACAAAACAAAGACGUGUUCGGAACCGGAUUGUUGGUCUCCAUGAUCAGCACGGAUCUUUUUACAUCCUCGGAACCUUCGGAUUUUGCAGAAAUGUUAGACGAGGUUCAGCCAUCUAUUUCGCUCGAGACAAAUGAACUCUUAACUCGAGAGGUUACAGAACAUGAGGUUAAACAUGCACUUUUUAUGAUGCAUCCGGACAAGGCUCCAGGACCAGAUGGGAUGACUGCCCUUUUUUACCAGAAGGCGUGGGCUACGGUUAAAGCAGAUCUAGUGCUUUUAGUCAAUUCUUUCCUGCGGAAUGGGAAUUUUGAUAAGAGGCUUAAUGUGACAAACAUAUGUCUUAUCGCAAAGGUGGAUAAGCCGACAAGGAUGACGGAGCUACGACCUAUUAGCCUAUGCAAUGUUGGUUAUAAAAUUAUAUCAAAGGUUCUGUGCCAGCGACUUCGCACUGUUUUACCAUCUCUAGUCUCGGAAACGCAAUCGGCAUUUGUAGAGGGUCGCCUAAUUUCAGAUAAUAUAUUGAUUGCUCAGGAAAUGUUUCACGGGCUCCGAACAAAUCCCUCUUGCAAGGGAAAGUUCAUGGCUAUAAAAAUGGAUAUAAGUAAGGCCUAUGACCGGGUCGAGUGGUCCUUCGUCGAAAAUGUACUCAGGCAGUUUGGGUUCUAUGAGAUGUGGAUAACAUGUAUGUGCUGUGUCAAGUCGGUUCAAUACAAGGUUUUACUUAAUGGACAAGCCUAUGGGUCUAUUAAUCCUUGUAGGGGUCUACGCCAAGGGGACCCUUUGUCCCCUUAUCUCUUUAUUCUUUGUACGGAGGUGAUUAUUGCACAUCUUCGGAAAGCGGAAAGAUUGAAACUUCUUACGGGUAUCAAGGUUUCGACUGCUAGUCCCGCUAUCUCUCACCUCUUAUUUGUGGAUGAUAGUCUAUUUUUCUGUCGGGCCACGAAGGAGCAAUGUGAAGUGGUAUUGGGGAUUCUCAACAAGUAUGAACGGGUCUCUGGCCAACAAAUCAAUUUCCAGAAGUCCUCGGUCCAGUAUUCCGGAAAGCCUGGGCGGGGCAAAAACAAAAGUUUUUCGUUUGUCCAGGAUAAAUUGCAAGCUCGGGCAAGUGGGUGGCCGGCUAGGCUUUCAUCAAAAGGGGGCAAGGAGGUAAUGAUUAAGUCUGUUGCUACGGCUGUCCCUACUUUUGUGAUGUCCUGUUUCCGCUUAUCCAAGACGGUUACGCGGAAAUUGACUAGUGCGAUUUCUAAUUUUUGGUGGAGUUCAUCGGGACAAUCACGAGGGCUUCACUGGGUGUCAUGGGAUAAACUAUGUAGUGGUAAGGAAGCUGGGGGUUUAGGUUUCCGAUGCUUGGAUGAUUAUAACACUGCUCUGUUGGCAAAGCAGCUCUGGCGUUUGAUCAUGGUACUAGAAUCACUUUUUGCACGGGUUUUUAAAGGACGAUACUAUCGGCAUUCUGAUCCUUUGGAUCCAAUUAAAUCUUACUCCCCGUCCUAUGGGUGGCGGAGUAUAGUUUCUGCUCGCUCUCUGGUUAAUAAAGGACUUAUUACACGAGUAGGAUCUGGGGCUACCAUCUCUGUAUGGACUGACCCUUGGAUUCCUGCUCAAUCCCCGAGACCAGCAUUGAGCACAGGUUCGCCUUUUGAUCCUCUGCUCCGAGUUGCAAAUUUCAUUGAUAGGAAAUCUAAUUCCUGGGAUAUGGCUCAGCUUACGGCUACGUUUGUACCACAAGAUGUUGCUAUAAUUUCUGCCUUACCGUUGCGACAACCGGAUAUGCCGGGAUGGCACUUUACUAAGUCUGGUAAAUAUUCGGUUAAAUCAGGAUAUCAUUGUCUAUGUUCUCAUCGGAUGGCUCCCUCUGGGCUGAACGUUUUUGGGCUGGAUAUUACACCUCUUCAGGCCUUUGUGUGGAAGAUUAGGUGCCCACCAAAACUUUGUCAUUUCAUGUGGCAAGUUUUUACAGGUUAUGUGGCGGUUACAACUAAUCUACGGAAACGUGGUAUGAGUUAUGAUGCCACGUGUGGUAAUUGUGGUUUUCAGGAGGAGACAAUUAAUCAUACCCUCUUUGAAUGUCUGCCUGCUAGACAGGUUUGGGCUCUGUCGCAGUUCCCGACAGCCCUGGGUGUUUUUCCAUCGGCUUCAAUUUUCACAAACAUGGAUUUUCUUUUUUGGCGUUUUACAAAUGUUUCGACACAAGAAUUUUUCCCCUGGAUCUUGUGGUAUAUAUGGAAAACGCGUAAUGAUAAACUCUUUAGUAAUCUGGAUUCCAAUCCCCUAGCGAUCUUGCGGCUAGCGGAAGAUGAGGCAAAAGCAUCGACUUUGGCUCAAACAGAGGAUUUAACGGUCGCAUCGGCUAUUCCUAUUGAGGUUGUUCCCCGGGGAAGCAGGGGCUUCAGUGCUCCUAGUUCUUUGGCGAGCUAUAUUUGUUUUGUCGAUGGUUCCUGGAAAGCAACAGACCGUUAUGCAGGAAGAGGGUGGUUCUGCACGUCGCCCUAUGGUGACGUCCCCACUAUGGGAGCUGCCAACUUUCGCCGUAGUCUGACCCCUCUCCAUGCUGAGAUUGAGGCCCUUGUCUGGGCCAUGCGAUGUAUGAUUGGAGCAGAUAACCAAUCUGUUGUUUUCCUCACCGACUGUUCCGACUUAGUGAAGAUGAUGUUUUCGCCUUCCGAGUGGCCAGCUUUUACACCUUACUUGGACGACAGCCAGGCGGAUAAAGAGGAGUUUACUUCCUUUUCAUUAGUCUACGUCCCGCGUUCUCAGAAUGGUAAAGCGGAUAAUCUUGCGCGACGCGCUCGCACAGUUCCGCAUUUAGUUACCUAUGUUAAUAAUGUACUUUCGUAUUAG